UGGGGAAUGGCGAUCCGGAUUCGCCCGCCGACUUGUACGUCGGAUCCUACGGCCAACUGGUCUCAGCGACCAACAACCUAAUCGGCUCGGCAGUCGAUGACUCCUCCACCGCGCCGGACAUCACGUCACAGGUUGGAUUCAGCACGAAGGAGUUUCGCAUAGCGGACCUCGCUUUCAACGGAGGGCCAACGAGAACGCACGCUCUCCUUCCAGGGAGCAUCGCCAUCGACGCCGGGAGCAUCGCGUAUGACUACAGCGAUGCGACCGACCAACGUGGCGUCGGGUUCCCGCGCGUGCUCGGCGAGGCUAUCGACUUCGGCGCUCUCGAGGCGGACGCUCCGAUCGUCGUCACGACGCUCUCAGAUGAACCGUCGAUCGGUCAGCUGACCCUUCGCGAAGCGAUCGCCCAAGCAUCGGCCAACCAAGUUAUCACGUUCGCACCCUGGCUGAACGGCGGCGUCCUCUCGCUCAGCGCGCAGAGCGACCUGGUCAUCGAAAAGACGCUGACCAUCGACGCGAGCAGCCUCGAUCAAGGCCUGACCAUCCAGGCCUACGACCCCGACCGCCUGGAACUGGGUUACCAGUUGUUCAACGCCAACGGCGGACGGGUUUUUUACGUUAAAGGCAGGGACGUCGACUUGACGUUGCGAGGUCUGACGCUCAGCGGUGGCGACACCUGGUCCGACGGCGGGGCGAUCUACUCGCUCGGCGCCUCCCUGACGCUCGAUCACGUCGAAGUAAGCCACAACGCCUCGCCUCGAGCGCCGGGCUACGAGAUCAUCGGCAAUACCGGGUUCGUCGAUUAUCCCCGCGACGACCCCAUGAACUUCGCCCCGAUCUUCGGAGAGUACCAGACGGCCGCGCGUGGCGGCGGCGUUUUCUCGACCGGCGACUUGACGAUUAUCGAUUCGCUUUUCGUCAACAAUGCGAUCUUUAACAUCUUCGCUGGCGACAUCUACACGAUGGGCAACCUCAUCAUCGAGGGCAGCCGCUUCGAGACCACGCCCAUCGACAAGGAUGACAUCACAUCGGGGCUCGCGAUCGGCGUUCCGACCAACGACAACAACCUCGGGCUGGGCGGCAUCUACUCGACCAACGAGCGGCGUGGCCUGCCUAUCACGGUCACGAUCAACGAUGUCGAGUUCGAUACGAGCCGCGGGAUCGCCGUCGAUACGCUCUACUUUGCAGAUCAGACAAAAUUCCCCUCAAGCAUCCGACGUGGCGACGUCGCGCGAUACGAGAUCUCCGAGGUAAGGGGUGGGUUCCUCUAUUUGCCCGACCCCAACAACCAGAUUGCGCCGGAAGAGCGGCCACACCUCCUGUCAGUUCUUCCGGGGGAAUACGAAAGCAUCAGGUUCAAGCACGACGGUUCGGCGACAGUCCCCUCCUUCAAGAUCCGAGUGGUGUUUGACGGCGAUCUCGCCACGGAAUGGUUGCCGAUCUCAGGCACGCUCAAUCAGGAAGGCGCCCAUUCUGGGAGCGGCGGCUUGGACAUCGAUGUCGGAGGAGAAUUUGACCUCGAUGCGGUCUCGUCACUGCUUGACGGCCUGAACAAAAAGAACACGGUCGUCAUCAACAACGUCACGAUGGUCGACUCGAUCGGGCUUAUGGUAGUCGAGCCGCGAGAAAAGCCGGAAGGACUUAAGGAACUCGCUGCGGGUGGGGACGGCUUUAUCCGCUACCCAGCAGGAUCGUUUGUGUUUCUGAACGCCAACGUGUCGGCGCAGAAUCUGACGGUGCACCACGCAUCGACGGCCGGCGCCGCCGUAGCCGUGUUAUGGUCGGACGUGGUCAUCGAUGACAGUCGCUUUCUGCCUCCAGAAGGACUCGACGUGGGCUCCGGAAGCACCGCAGUCCUGGCGAAGGCGAGCCAGCUAACGAUCACUGAUUCCGUUUUCCAAGGCCUCCGCGGGCCCGUGAUCGACGUCGACCUGUGGGGUAAACUGGAACUCAUCCAGAGCACCAUUUUCAAUAUUCAGGGCGACAACGCGAUAAGAGCCGCCGCGAGCUUUACGGAAACGCCCGCAUUCCCGUUCGCUUUCCCUGGAUCAAUACUGAUUCGGGACAGUGUAAUACGCGGCGUAGACAGAGGUAGCGCCUUAGCUGUAUUCGCACCAACCAGUGUCACACCCGAACCCGAAGAGCCGGGCGAAAACUACGAUGAAUUGCCUCCUGAACAAGACAAGCUCGUGCACUUCAGCGUGCGUGAAGUCCUGCCGUUUCAGGUCACGAUUGACGGGUCGACUAUUUCAAACAACCGCACCUAUUACGGUGCCGGAGACGCUCAGACCUCCGGUUUUGGUGGCGCAGGAUUAAAUCUACGGGGUCCACUUGAUGUAUACAUUACGAAUAGCACAAUCUCUGACAACCGUCAGAUAGGAGACUCGCGGGACGGAGGCCCUGUCACUGACUUAAGCUUGCUUGCCGACCCAGACAAUGGGCUUUUCAACGACCUGCAGUACGACGGCGGCUUCGGUGGAGGAAUUGCUGCUGAGUCAAUGCAUCGGCUUCGCAUCGAGAACUCGACGAUAUCAGGGAAUCAAGCCGGAAUCGCGGGCGGCGGAAUUUUCAUCUCCAAUACUGAGCAUCUUGAGCUGAUCAACGCCACCGUAACCGAUAACGAAGCCGGGUACCAAGGUGGUGGUGUGUUUGUCGUCGGUGGUAUUCUUGGUGACAUUGACGAUAGAUAUUACAUACCAACGAAUGACAACGCCGCGACGUUCGUAAAUACGAUCAUCGCCGGGAAUAUCGCCUGGAAUCUGGGUCUCUUUCAUGAUGAUCCAGACCCAUGGGUGAAAACCGCGGACGAGAUCGAUCCAAAUUACGGCGAUGGCAACGGCUAUUUUGCGAUCCAUAGCGAGAAUACGCACGAC